GCAUAGCUAGAGGGAGAGAGGAGGAGAUGGCGGUGGCUGAGACACAGCUGUAUGCAAAGGUGUCCAACAAACGCAGGAGCAAAAGCCCAUCUGCACUCCUCGAGUCUCUCCUGGCCAAAGGAUUCCCAGCUCACAUCGCGCAAAAAGCCUUGGUUGCUACUGGUCAAAAGUCAGUAGAAGAUGCUGCAAAAUGGUUGCAUUCUCACUGCAACGAUCCCUCUUUGGAUGACCCAAUCCCCCAGGAGUAUGCUCUUUAUUUGUGCCCCACUGGCCACUUGUAUAACUGCCUGCAAGUGUUCUGGAAGGAGAGCAAGCGCCAGUGCGGGAAGAACAGAGCCCAUGAGAUUUUCCCUCACAUCACACUCUGUGACUUCUUCACGUGUGAAGACCAGAAAGUGGAGUUACUGUAUGACAUCUUAAAGAGAAUCUGCAACAGCUUUGCACAGAGAUUUCCACCAACUGUUUCCUUAUCAUUACACUCAUCCACCAGCUACCUUGGUUUCUUUGUUGGUGACAGCGAUGCAAAUAUCCUCAAAGAGUUUGCUGUGGCCUUCUCUUCAGAAGCUUCAGCCCUGGCAGACUGUCAAGUGAAGCCCUGCCUAAAGCAGCUCCACCUUACCUUGGCUCACAAGUUCUGUCCUCACCACCAGAAGACUCUGGAACAACUCGCCAAAUGCAUUAACCCAGAGGAGACCUGCCACUGGGUAGCUGCUCUCUACUCAAGGGACAUGCGUUUUGUGCAUUACCAGACGCUGCGGGCUCUGUUCCAGUACAAACCCCAGAAUAUUGAUGAGCUCAUGAUCAAUACUGGAGACUUCAUCUACGUCAACCCAACGCAGCAGUCUGAAGUCAGCGAAGGCUGGGUCAUUGGGACCUCACACCAAACUGGGUGCAGGGGUUUUCUUCCUGAAAACUACACAGAGAGAGCCAAUGAGUCAGACACAUGGGUUAAGCACAGGGAAUAUGCUUUUGUGCCAGCUUCAGCACUUUUCACCCAAUCCACAAAUGAACCUAAUGUUAAGCUGAAUGAAGAAGUCCACAAUCCUGUUAUGUCAAGGAGCGUAACCGAUGUUCUUUCACUUCAGCUUUCUCAGAACACCAGUCUGCGAAGGGGUGUGCUGGUGAUGCGCCAUGGGGAAAGAGUUGAUCAGGUCUUUGGGAAAUCCUGGCUUCAACAGUGCUUAACUGCAGAUGGAAAAUACUACAGAGCAGACCUCAACUUUCCUUCUACCCUACCAAAACGGAAAGACAACGUAAAGCAUUUUGAACAUGAUCCUCCUUUAUCUUCUUGCGGUGUUUUCCAGUCAAGACUUAUAGGGGAAGCUCUGCUGGACCAGGAGGUGACAGUCAGCUAUGUGUACUCAUCACCCGCCCUACGCUGCAUACAGACAGCCCAACACAUUCUACAAGGGCUUAAACUAGACCAAAAAGUCAAAAUCAGGGUGGAACCAGGACUGUUUGAAUGGACCAAGUGGGAAGCAAGCAGAGUAAUUCCAAACUUUAUGACUCUCACGGAACUGACAGAGGCUUCUUACAACAUAGAUACAAGUUACAGGGGAAACAUCCCACUCUCUUCUCUGGUCCCGUCAGAAAGUUAUGAGGAAUACGUGAGCAGAAGCUCUGCAGCUAUAAAAGAAAUUGUCACUGCCUGCCCCAGCAAAGGUGUCAUCCUCAUUGUGGGGCAUGGCUCUUCCUUGGCAUCUUUCACCCGACCUCUGAUAGGACUCCCUGCCAGAGACAGCAAUGACUUUGCCCAGGCGGUCCGAAAGAUCCCUUCUCUGGGCAUGUGUUUCUGUGAAGAGCUCAAAGAGGAGAAGAAAUGGCUGAUGGUUAACCCUCCAGUGAAGACAUUAACUCAUGGAGCAAAUGCGGCAUUUAACUGGAGAAAUAGUGUCAUGGAAGAUUAGAAGGCCAGCUUUGUCCUUGCAGCUGCCAAAAACUGAGGUGAAGAUACACUAUGGUACAGCACAGUCCAAUGAUUCAUCUAGAAAAGUUAGAGCGGAUGUGAGUUGUCCUCUCUGAGUAGUCAAAGCACAGAAAGCAGUUCGGUGCCUGAACUUCGCUUUCUUUUCAGUAACUGAGGAAAAAGAACAUAGGACCUGGCAUAGAAGAGAGCGAAUUCUACUGCUAAAGGCACUCUAGUAGACAUUAUUACAUCUUCCAAGACCAAAAUACAGCCAGUUCAGACACAGUAUAAAUGACUUGUUUCAUGCACUUGUAUAUUUUCAGUCAAGCAGAGUAAUAAACUGAAAGAAGCAAACUCCGACCCAGAGAUAUCAGCUCUACUUAAAACCAGUUGGUUUCCUGUUGACUCCUCCAGUUCUGCGAGAGCACAGGAGAAGGGGAAAUAGCAUACAGACAACAUGUUUACCUCUUCUAUAAAGUGGGUUCAUUUUCUACCACAGCAGUUCUACUGCUCAGCGUUUCCACAGUGAUUUGUGUUGCAACAGAAAAAAAAGGUCUUCCUUCAGAGAAAAUUGAACCAAUUGCUUUUACUGGGGCAAAGAAAGAAGUCCUGUGUUACUGUAUUGGUGACAAAACCUUGAUGUGAGCAACUCUAACUGCUGAACAAUUCAUGAGAUGACACUGGCAGGACAACAGCUAUGCUGUGUGCUGCUCUGUGCCGAAUCAUAUACAUGGUGACACACUGGGUUGUCUGACUGGUCUCUGUAGCUCUUUGCUUGACUAUAUGUUGGAUUAAAGUGUAGUCCCAAUACUUUAUGCACAAACAGGAACAUGUCUUUACAUGAGCUUCUUUUCCAAAUGAUCCUCCCAUAUAACUGUCUCUAGAAAAGCACAAGUUUUUCCAUAUAUAAAAGCAGAAAAUUUGAGGUUUCACUUUCUCUCUUUAUAUGACUUAAAAAAAAAAAAAAAAAGGUUCUCAUUAUCACUCUUCUUCUCCAUGUUCUUUCUCAGUAGGUCUUUCUUGACAUCUCUUUGCACUUGUGCCUAUAGCCUGAAGGCACACAAGGGGAGCCCAUCCAGCACACAGGAUGUGGGGCAUCCACCAAGCUCCCUUAACAGUGGCAUGGAGAUCUCCUUUCUCAGUCUUUUACCUGAAAUCAUUCAUUUUGUCUUCCCAGAUCAAGCAAAGAUGCUUGGGCUCCUGUUGUGUUUUGUUUUUUGUUUUUUUUUAACAGCUUUGGACACCAAGAGGUCAGGAGUGGCAUGGGAUGAGGACCUGGCCCUGGGCAUGUCAUUCCUGGUGCUCCCAGCUUCAUUUUAGCUGAAGCACCAACUCCCACUUCAUGGUUCUCCCAUGAUAACUUCCUGUCUGUGAAUGCUGUUGCUUUUGGUGAGUUUUAUUCCAGUUUCACCAAGUAUCACAGGUGACAGUGAAGAAUAUGUGAGGCUCUUCUAGUAGCACGUAGAAGAUCUGAAUGUUUUGCUUAUAUCUUAAAAACAGAGCAGUAAAUUCGUUUGCUACAGAUGUACAGUGAAGUUAAUCUCUGGUGACACCUCGUGGGAAAAGAAAACCUCAGCCUUGCAUGCCUAUGUAGGAUCUUUAGGUGUGAUUGAAGGAUGGGGAGGAGGGGAGCAACACGCUGUUUUUUAACAGGAAUGAGGAACACUCAAUUAGUCACUCCACCCAUAAUCUUUGAAAAGACAAUAACAAAGAAAUUCAUCAUUUCAUAAUGAUUUUAAGCAACUUGAAGAGACACUUGAGUCCUGUUCUUCUGAAAAGCAGAAGAGCAAAUCCGCGGUGUCUGUCCUGAUUUUUCUGAAGCCCUUUGCCAGCACUGAUAUUUGUUCAAAGCAAAUGUGAAAAUCUCUUGACUCAGAACAGUAGUUAUUUCAGUUCUCUUUGCAGCAUUUCAAGUCAUCAAGCAUUGAUUAAAGCUGUCAGGUAGAUUUUUUACUGUCUUGGAGGAUUUAUUACUGAAAUACUCUGGAGCAUAAGGAUCAUUUUUGAAAAGAUUGUAUAUAGCAGUUUUUGGUGGAUCUACCCUUGAUCUUUUAGUGCUUUUUUUAAACGGAUGAUUAAAAAUUAAAAUGUUCGUGCCUCUUU